AUGGCCUCCAGUUGCCUUACUUCCAUUUCAGCCGUCUUCAAAGAUCUGCAGUUCCUGAAGAACAGCUGCCCAAAAUCUCCGGAAUGGAUGGUGGAGCUCUUUAGGUUGACAGACCUGGAAGCGCAUCUAAGAAUAUUCAGAACAUUUCUUCUGUGUGUGAGAAAAUGGGGCGACGAUGGUGAUGCGGUUCUUGGAGCACUGGUAGUUACGAUGAAAGAUGCCAUUUCCAAGCAGGGACGGCUGAUUUUCAACACCUACAAUUUUACUGUGGGCUAUACAUAUCGUAUCCGCGAUUUAGGAGUUGUGCCCAGUGGUUUAAGAUCUUUCCACCCAGAAAUCAAGGAAUGGUACUUGGUUUCUUCCGAUUGGUCAUCAAGGCAGUCUAGUAAUUCCCAGGUAAAGAAAGAUGACCUUAUGGAAAUCAUGGACUCUCUUCGGGAGAAUCUAAAUGAUAUUGUUUACUCAAUGCAUCUGUACAACAGUUUUAGAGAACAGGCUGAAGCCCUUGAAGAGAUGCUAACAUUCUUGAAAAACUUCAUCUGUUUUGUCACACUUCAUGGAGUUGAAGAUAUGCAGUUGGGACCUUUAUUGAGUCAGGUUGAAUUUGUCGCUGUCAAUGCAGCAUCCCUCUCUUUUGCGUGGUUCUGUAAGGAGUCCAUGUCUAUCAAGGAUGAUACCUCGGACCUGCUGCAGAAGAUUAUUUAUGCAGAACCGCAAGUCCAUAAGACUUGUGUCCAGGCCCUGAUAGCUUCAAAGUUAUCACGACAACCAUACGCGGAAACAGAUGAGCAUGUAUUGAGAGGCUUCAUCAAUUCUCUUAUAUUUUAUCUGUGGGAGAUAAUAAAGACCAGAGCUUGUCUUAUGAUCUCUCUGAAGGAUCAACUUCGACUGCUUUUUGAGGGACUAAUAUCCUUCAGAACCAUUCUCAAGGAGAACCCUGACAAGUUUGAUGAGAAAAUGAGAUAUCUAAUUAGACUUGUGCUAUGUGAUGCAGGACUUGUUGCUUUUUCUCUUUCUCUCAGUGCCGAGAAAGACGGAGUGCUAAAGGACAUGGAUCUUGUGUCUUACCAAGAUUUUCUGGAAAGGCUCAAGGUUAUCAAGGCAGCAGUUGCAGAGACAUGUCCAGAAACAUCAUCAUCCAACUUUCCUAGGACCAAUGAGUUGGGCUUUAUUGCUUUUCUUCAAAACUAUAUGAUGGAACUGACUAGUUCUGAGGCUGGUUCUGUUGCUCUUGUAAACUAUCCAAUUCAAACAAUACAGGAAGAACUUAUUUUCUUACACCCUUUCUUGGAGAAAAUUGUGGAAUUGCGCAAUGAAGAUGAGGAGCUCCAAGCAUUUUGGGACCGUGUUGUAGAGGUGGCAUACAAGGCAGAGUUUCUUAUCGACUCCUUACUAGUUGGAGAUGUUCUUGAUUCUUCUUCCAUAUCAUUUGAUUCUAUAGUAGAAGAACUUAAGAUCAUCAAAGCUGUGGCCAUGAAGAUUUUUGAGAGCAAUAGACUUGAUCUCAAAGUUAAAGAGGUUACGAAGUCACUAAAUCACAUGCGACCACAGUCAAGCAAGCCAAUAAUCAGUGAUGUGGUGGUGGGAUUGGAGGAUGAGGCAACCUUAAUAAUCAAUCGACUCACAAGAGGAUCAUCCCAACUGCAAAUAAUUCCUAUUGUAGGUAUGCCAGGACUUGGUAAGACUACAUUAGCCAAAAAAGUUUACAAUGAUUCUUCAGUUAUGUCGCAUUUUUAUGCACGUGCUUGGUGUACUGUCUCUCAAACGUAUUACAAGAAAAAUCUGUUGCUUCAAAUUUUGACUUCUAUUCAUACCAAGCUUCAUGACAAAUUUGUUGAGAUGUCUGAAGAAGAUUUGGCGGCAGAAGUCAGAAGAGGUUUGCUAAGGACAAAAUAUCUCAUUGUUUUGGAUGAUAUAUGGGACACUGAAGCAUGGAACGCAUUGGAAGCAUCAUUUCCUGAUAACCGAAAUGGAAGUAGAGUGAUCAUGACAAGUCGAAAUCGUGAUCUUGCUGCUCCGAGAGGUGAACUUGAUGAAGGACCUCAUUUCCUUCGUCCACUCACUCCUGAUGAGAGUUGGGAUUUGCUAAGUAAAAGGUUAUUUCCUGGAAAAGACUUGCCUCCUCCAGAAUUAUGUGAACUCCGAAUGCAAAUCGUGGAAAUGUGUCAAGGACUACCACUUACCAUCGUCAUUCUUGCUGGAAUUCUAGCAAAUGAGGACCAAUAUAGUUGGAAAAGGGUAGUGGAAGGUUUAAACUCAAGCAUGCUCUCUAGUACAGAACAAUGCACUGCUGCAUUAGAGUUGAGUUACAACAAUUUACCAGAUUAUUUGAAGCCAUGCUUUCUAUACUUUGGAGCGUUUCCUGAAGAUCAUGAACACACUACAGAGAGGUUGAAUUGGUUAUGGGUGGCUGAAGGAUUUGCACAAAAAACUCAGUUCAAGAGCGCAGAGGAUGUGGCAAAUGAUCACAUGAUGGCUCUUAUUAACAGAAGUUUAGUCAUGGUUUCCAAACAAAGAUCCAUUGGUGGAGUCAAAACCUGCCGUGUUCACGAUUUGCUUUAUGAGUUUUGUGUAAGAAAAGGCAGACAGGAAAAAUUUGUGCAGCUGGUGAGCGGGUAUGAUGAACUAUAUACUAUCAGUGUGCCACACAAUCUACGCCGCUUAUGCAUCAACUCUAAUCCAGGACACUUUUGCAAGUCCAGGUUAUUUGCUCCCACCAUCCGUUCUCUACUAUUCUUCAAUAAUCAUGAAAGCUACCAACCUACUGUUACUGACAUACCAUUCCUUGUUGCCAUCAAACUUGUAAAAGUGUUAGAUUUGAGCCAAUUAAAUCUGGGUUCUACUUUUCCUAGAGAACUGGAAUUACUUGUUCACUUGAGGUACCUGGCAGUUGUUGGAGAUCUGGAGUCAAUUGCAUCAUCAAUGUCCAAUCUCUUGAAUCUGGAAACUUUAAUUCUGGAAACGUUUGAUAGCGCUGUCUCACUACCAGAUAGUAUAUGGAAUCUUAAGAAACUGAGGCACUUGGUAUUAAAAGGCGACUGCCUAGAUGAAUAUUGUGAGCUUCAGUUGCCCACCUACAAUCUUGAGAAUGCUGAACAUUUGUGUGAUUUGAAUACGUUGUACAGAGUAAUGCUUCCUUCUUGGGAUACCAUUGACAAGAUGUUUAGAAAAUUUCCCAAUAUCCACAAGCUCAAAUGCAGUUUCUACGAGGCUAAUGGUUCUAGGGAUUCAGCUGACAAGGUUCUAGCGCUUGACUUCUUAAGUGGACUAGAAUCACUCACUCUCAAGUUCAUUAACCAUACAGGUGUUCAAUGCCAGUUUGAGUUUCAAUUUCCUUUGACAAUUAGAAAAUUGACUCUAUCCGGCUUUCUCUUCCCUUGGAGCAAAAUAUCAGAAAUUCAAAAUCUACCCAAUCUUGCAGUUCUCAAAUUACUCGAUGGGGCCUUUCAGGGAAAAAUAUGGAACAUGGAAGAAGAAGAAGAGGGGUUCCCUAAAGUUAGUUUCUUGAAAAUUGCUUCCCUGGAUAUUGUCAAUUGGACAGCCUCCGAGUACAUGGACUGUUUUCCUAGUCUAAGGAAAUUAGUAUUGGAAGAUUGUCACUUUUUGGAGGAGAUUCCUUCUGGUUUGGGGAGCUCAACUCUUGAAACAAUUGAGGCCUCUGAUUGUCCCUUCUCUGCAAGUUUUAUACAGCCACUUCAGGAGGAGCAAAUGGACAUGGGAAAUACUGAUCUGAAGAUCCACAUUUCAUCCUCUAAAAUGAAUUACUGA